AUGAAUGCUAUCAAGUGUUCUGUUUGUUCAGGUAUUAUUAAGAAACCUCAAAAAUUAAAGCCUUGCGAACAUAGGGUCUGUUUGGAGUGUCUUCAAAGCUCAAUAAAAAGUAGUUUAGAUCCUAGCGUCCCGAAAUGCCCAGUAUGUGUUCAAGUUAUAAAAAGUUUCUCCUUGGAUGAAUUUUUAAAUGAAUUGGUAGAAGAUUAUUUUCAGAGUUUAAGACGUUCGUGCGAUUUACAUCCAGGUGAAACGUACUCUCCUAUGAGUCUAUUUGACAAUACAUCAGUCUGCAAGAAAUGUAUAGUCGAAAAACACAAUGGUCAUUCAAUGGUAGAUGCAGAAGGCUCAGAGGAGAUCAAAGAAAAUAUUAAGAAAAAGGUCGAAACCGAAAAGAGGGAACUAGUUCCAGAAAUUUUAAAUAAACUGCGGGACAGUUUAACAGAUUGUAAAGAGAAAUGGGAAAAAUCAAAACAAAAUGGUCUAAUAAAAACACAAAUGGUGUAUGCUGAUUUACACAAAUUCUUACAGAUAAAGGAGUUUGGUGACAAGAAAAACAUUGAUGAUGCAAACUCAACUAUUAAGCUUGAAUACGACAAUUAUAUUAAAAAAAUUGAUCAAAUGAAAAAAGAUAUAGAGCUAUUUGCCAAAUUAGAACCAUUGGAUAUUAAAAAAGAUAUAUAUGGCACAAUUUUUUUAUUAAAAAGAAUUCAAGAAAUCGACCCAUUAAUAAAUGAGGGCAAGAGACAAAUUAUAUCUAUUCCAGAGCACGCAAAUAAACUCCAUUUCAACCAAGAAAUCUUUCAAGAAAUCAAAUCUUUAUCUAAAUCUUUGUCUGUACCAUACAAUUGUAGCUGUGAUAGCAUCGAAACUGAUUGUCAAUGUUAUCAAGAAUACUGGAACAGUCCCAGUUCACAAUUUUCUAAAGCAUUAAUUCCUCUCUUAAAUCCUAAUCCCCUCAAUAUUUCCCUUUCCUCUUCAUCAUCAUCCACAAAAAGUUACGAACCACACUCUAAUUGCAUAUAUAAAUCAAUGCUCGAAAACAUUCCAAAAACCUCAGCUCCACCACAAAUAAAUUCAUUUUCACCAGAUUUCAAGGAAACAGUUCAAAAAGUGGAACAAACAAAAGUAAAAAGUGGAACAAACGAAAACAAAAAACAAGAUUUUGUUCCAAAUACAAUUCCAAAAAUUAAAUGCUUAUAUUUCUUGUGUGGUAUGGAGGAAAAGUUACAUUUAUCUCGUUGUAUUAAAUAUUACCCGGUUAGAAACGAAUGGGCUUUCAUGCCACCCACAAAACAUAAAAGAGCUUGUGUUACAGACGCCACUGUAGUUGCCAAACAUUAUAUAUACGUGUUCGGCGGUAACAAUUCACUCGAAUCUUAUGAAAAAUUUAAUAUUAUAACUGGUCGUUGGGAAAAAGGUGGUAAUAUCCCAUCUGGUGGAGGUUCAUCAAUUUCUGCAGCUUAUGAUGGGCAAGACUCAAUUUAUUUAGUUGGUGGUGUCAAAUUCAAUGUUUCUUCAGAUAGAAUUGAUAGAUGUAUAAUCAAACAUGGUGGAACUGGCAAAGAACCAACCCUCCAAUUCCAAUUGGUUACCAAAAUGAAGUUUCCUAGAUACUAUUGCUUCACAUUGGUCCACGAUAAACAACUCUUUAUUAUUGGUGGUACCGAUAAAACCAGAGAUAAUCCAAAGUUUACCGUUAUUAACAACAUCGAAGUUCUCAGUUUUGAAACCAAAAAUACCACCAUGUUUUUAGAUUAUCUCGAUGCUCACAACAACAGAGUUGAAGGUAUUGCUUUUGAUGGUGUCUUCAUCUACAUCAUGACAAUGGAACACUUUUACACCUUAAAUAUCCAUACUAAAUUAAAAGGCAAAUAUUUAGAAUACCCUCCAAUAGAGAACAUGAGAUUUGGGUACUCUUUGACCAUCGGUACUGACUGUAAUUCAGAUACUGUCAUCUACCUUAUUGGUGAUAGAUUGAAUCAUUAUUAUUAUAAAAUUAAAGAAAACAAAUGGUAUACACAACAAUCAAGAAGACCAAUCGCCUCUUAUUUUCAUGGAUGUGGAAUCGAAUAUGAAGAACUCAAGAAACAGGGGGGAGAUGAUGGCGAAAAAGAAAAAAAUCUUUUUCAUGAAGAGAUCGAAAACCAGGGGAAGUGA